AUGAACAACAUGAACAACAUUAACAACAUUAAUAAUACCAAUGACUUUGUUAUUAUUAGUGAGAUUUCAAAGAAGUAUGAUACUGUCUUAACUGAUUUCAACUCAAUUAUUGUAGUAGUUGAAGUUUUUAAGAAGUUCUCUCACAUCAAAUUGAUUUGUAAGCAUUCUAGUGAAUAUAGAGAUAUCAGAAAAGCUGAGGAGAUUACUUAUAAAAUAUCAGUUACCAGUGAAACUCUUCCUGAAAGGGAGAGAAAAUAUGAAAAAAAUAUACAGAAGCAUGAUUGCCCAUGCUUUAUGUAUGCCAACACUACUAAGAAGGGAAAGUUGACUGUGCGCUCCCGUGAGACACAGCACAACCAUGUAAUUAAAGAAAAUUGUAGAGCAUAUGCCAUGCAUCGCAAGCUCUUGCUCAAGACAAUGGCUCUUGUUGUCAAGCAUCUCGAAAACAAUGAUAAUAUUUCUACUAUCUUUCACAGUUUAAAAAUAAAUGGAUUCACCAACAUUGUUCAACAUGAUAUUGCAAACAUAAAGCAAUAUUUUAGAAAGUCUGAUGAAGGAAGAGAGAUAUUUGAGUUCCUCACAACUCUUCAAGAUCUUGACUUCUAUGUCAGAUACUCUGUUAGUAACACAGAAGACAACCAAAUAAAUAUGAUCUUCUUUGUUCACCAAGAUGCAAUCAAAGAAGCACAAAAAAUGUCUGAGACUGUGAUAAUUGAUGUCACUUACAAGAAAAAUAGUCAUUGA